AUGAGCAGGCAGGGCAUACCCGGAAACUACCUCCAGACGAGCCCUGUCAGGGGACAGCUCGAACCUUUGGAGGGCAAUACAAGGACCGGGUGGCGCUACCUGCAGUGCACGGAUACCCCCAACGAACUCAAGGUUCUACUCCCUCCAAGGACAGCUCUACUCUAUGCCAAUCUCAUCCGGCGAGAACAGGCGGAACUUGCCAAGGGCACAUCCGCCAAUUGGGAGCUCAUCAUGAGGAUGCGACAUCUCAAGGAUCGCAUGAUCCGCAAAUGUAUGAGGCUGGCCCGCGUGUCACCGCCAAAGCAGUCGGUCACAUUCAAGACCGUCCAAGCUCCUCCCGAUUUCAGGUUGAAAGAGCUGGAGAAGUGGUUUAAGGAGGAACGGAUUCCUGUAGAGGAUGAUGCUCCACCCAGUCGGCCCACGUCCCAUGUAUCGGUCUCAAGAACUGUCCCAAGGUCACAGCGUUCAUCUGUUCGCUACUCUUACCGGAUGGGUACGCCGCGGCCUGUCUCUACCAACCUGAGUUACGUCGAAGAAGAUACUCGUCCUCCCGGACCUGGCUACUCUGAACCCGAAAGGGAGCCAACUCCGUUACCUCCACGAGUCGCUUCACCAGAAAGGAUCCCCAUGCCAGAACCAGAAGUAGACCGGAUGCCCGAACCAGAGACGACCCAAAUGCCAGUGCCUGAAAUCCCGAACCCUCUCGGAGAGCCUAUUCCCGUAGACAUUGCGGCGCCUUUGAAUCAAGAUCUUCCACCACGUCCCAACAUCCCCCGGCGUCGGAGCAGCCUGAAGUCGGCUAAUGCCCUCAACAGGUUCAGUAAUGGCAGCGUCAAGACCGUUGCGUGGGCCAUGGACCGUGACUGGCUUGAUCAGGUCGCUAAGUACGAGGACGCGAUAGCUGCGCUAGAAGGCACAGGUAAUGAAGUCGAGGAAAUCAAGGCAUCCUAUCGAGUCCAGAUCGGUGAAAUCAGGGGCUUACGGCAACAUAUCUCCGAUGGCCUAGCCAGAUUGCAGCGCGAAGUAGAGCGACUACGGCUGAGCGAAGACAUCAUGCGUGGCCUGGAGGACCGCAUCCAAUCGAAUUAUGAUGCUUUGCAAGAUAAACAAACCCAGUAUCAGUCGACUGUGAACGCCGUGAUAGAGGAGUCAAAGCGCGUUGUUGACCUCUGCGAUCGCAAGAGGGUUCAGCAGAAUCUAUAAUGUCGUUCCCAAUCGUCAGACUGAUCCUUCUAAUAGCACGAGUUAUACCGAGCAUAUACAUAUACUAAUAUGUGCGAAGCCCCACUCAAACUUGCUUGAGUCACUGUUCAGGGAUGGCUUGGAUGUGGAAUACCAG